AUAAUGAUAGAAAUUUAAUUUGUUAAAAAACACAAAAUCGUUCAUGAACGCUCAACGCCGCAAGCAACAGUUAACUCUGCGAAAUGUUUUGGUCGUCCACUGAUGCAAUAGGCGGCAACGUGCAGAGCAGAGGAAACAGUCAGUGACGGUUAUGAUAAUCAAGAACGGUUUGUAUCUGUAUUUAUCCUGCCGGACACGGACCAUGUGUUAACAUGUAUCUAUGAAAUCUGCGCCUAUCGCAGAAUGGGAGAGGACAAUGUCGUAGCCCGCCUCGGCAGCAUGAAGGCUCUGCUGGGGAUUGUAGCAGGAGCCGGAGCCUCAUAUGGCAUUUAUAAACUAAUCUUUGGUCGCGCAGGAGAUGCAGGAGUAAACAGAAAAAAGUGUGCUAAAAGUGUGACUAUUCAGCCCGGAAGCUUGAUGGCCAAAGUGUCUGGAUUUAAAGUUGUCAGUAAGAGUGAUCAUCUGGAUCCUACUGCGGAUACUGAAUCUAGUGUUAUUUUCUCAAAAUCUGCUGCCAGCCUGGAGCCUCGACAUCUAAGUAUGCUUCUCUCCCUUCUGCAGAGCAGCCCAAACCCAGAAGAGAGGAAGAAAGUUCUCGUAACUUUAGGAAAUGCAGCUGCCUUCACAGUAAACCAGGAUCUUCUGCGAGAAUUUGGAGGUCUUCACAUCAUAGCAGGCUUCCUCUCAGACCCUUCACCUGAGAUUCGCGCUCAGACUCUAAACGCUCUGAACAACUUAAGCAUGAAUAUCCGCAAUCAAGAGCAGCUGAAGAUAUAUGUCCCGUCGGUGAUGCAGAUGAUUGAGAUGUCACCGGUGAACUCUGACCUUCAGCUGGCAGCGCUCAGAUUGCUCACUAAUCUGUCAGUCACGGAUAAUCACCAGCAUCUGAUGAAGAAUUCCAUCACCCUCCUCCUAUCACUACUCGUAGUGAGCAAUGAAGUCCUACAGAUCCAAGUCUUGAAGGUCCUAGUAAAUAUUUCCUCCAAUCCAGAUCUGAUGGACGAUAUUGUGCAAGCUCAGGCUCCAGCGUCCCUGAUUUUGUUGUUUGAUGGCUGCACAAGCACGUCUGUUCUUCUCCGCCUGUUGAUUUUUGUGGGGAAUCUGCGUGCGUGGAGACCCUCUUCACAGGUGGCUGAAGCUCUGAGGAGGAGGCAGGACUCUCUGUACUGUGUUCUACUGGACAGCUCCUCUCAGCUGCACCGUAAACUGCCCCUGCUGCUGUCCCAUCCAGAUGAGGAGGUGAAGUCACAGGUGGCCAGACUCUUCACAUAACCGCUUACAGAACAUUUUUUACCAAAUAAACCCGUUCUUCAAUGUGUAGAAGCUUGUUUACCUACUUAAACAUUAGAGCUCUGCACUAACAACCUGCUGUAGCUUUAAAUCCUUGCUGGAACAGUGUUGAUAUCUACUGGUAGCAGGUGGUCCACUUGGUAGGUCAUUGGUAUCCACUCAAAAUGUUGGAAAAUGGACAAGAAAUGACUCCCUCAGGCAUUUUGGGCGAUUUAUAUUCAUAUAAUAGACAUUUGUGAACACCACAGACCUCGUUUGAGAACCUUUGAGAACAUCUUCACUGCCAAAUAUUUUCUUGCCAAGUGAGUGCAGAUAUUUUUCUGACCACACUAAGUGCUUUGGAUAUCCAGACUAGUGGUGGAAAGGACUCUUGUAACAUCUCAGCAUGUGUUUAGAAAUCUUAAUGCCUUGAAAAAUAAGGGUUGCUUCAGUGCUGCAUAAUGCAAGUGAAGUUUACUACUAAAAAAAGUUAUUCAGGCUAUGCUGAUGUAGUAAUGACCCAGGAACCUUAUUUUUACAGAAUGUGUGCAUUGAUUGUACUUUUGACUGUUUUCUGAUGUUUGAUGAUAUCGACAUGGCCAGCGAUGCAUUAUUUAAGAAAUAUUGUUUUAUGUUAUAAUUAUUUGCUAUGAUUUCAUUUUGGAA